AUGUACCGGAUCACCUGGCCUUUAGCUGUCUUUUUUCUCAUCCAGAACAUUUUGCGAACGGUACUGUUACAGAAUCCCGAUGACCGCCGCGACGACAUGCAGAAGCUCGUUUCGGCGUCGACGAUGUCGUAUUACGAACGGCAGGCCUGGACGGUGGACCUGGGACCGGAUUUCGAAGGACAAAGCGGAAUAGCCGUGAAAGGCUGGCUAAUCCCCAGAAAUGACGGGAAACUCUUAGACCGAACACCGUCGCAGUGUCUACCGGUCGCGGUUAAAAUGCUGCGGGAAGCACAUCCCGACAACCGCAGCAUCGCCGGGUUCCUGGCGGAAACGAGUAUCCUGACGAAGGUCGGCCGUCAUGUCAAUAUUGUCAAUUUGGAAGGCGUGGUCUUACAAGGUCGAUUGAAAAUCGUUAUGGAAUACUGCGAGAUCGGAGCUUUAGACGGUUUCCUUAGAAAGUUAAAAGGCGCGACGACGUCGGAGUCUAAAGAAGUCGUUCGGCUGGUCAACGGUUACGUCGCCUUUGAGAAGAACCAAGAUAACCAGCUUGUCGCCACACCGGAUGUGACCGAGCUAAUAUGCAUCGCCCACCAGAUCAGUCGCGGCAUGGCGUUCUUGUCAGAGAAGAACAUUAUCCAUCGUGACUUAGCCGCGCGCAACAUCGUGCUGACGGUUGACCGAAUUGUGAAGAUCUGCGAUUUCGGCAUGGCCAGGGGAGCAGCCACAGUGCCGUUGCCGGUGUGCUGGAUGGCGCCGGAAUCCAUGGUUCCCGGGCAUGGUGUCUUCAGCACGCAGAGUGAUGUGUGGUCGUUUGGUGUGGUCCUGUGGGAAAUCUUCACCUUAGGCGAUGUCCCGUAUACCACGGAGUUCUCCCACGGGAUUUUCUACGACGUGUUGUACGGAUUUCUACGGAGUGGCGGUCGAUUGAGGAUUCCCAGCUUAUGUCCCGAAUCUGUAGCGGUGAUGAUGCUGGAAUGCUGGGAUUUCACCGCUGAGAACCGACCCACAUUUGAACUGCUGCACCAGAAACUGGAGCAGUUGCUUCCGGUGGCUCUUCGCAACCGCUACGUAAUCUUUGAUGCGGAUAAUAAUAAGAUCAAUGAAACAUUAGAAAUAACUGCGACGGAAAUUGAUAUGGAUGGCAAUAUUGCCGAACUGGUCAGUGAUGAUUAGUGUGCGUGCUGUAGAUCUGCGCUUGGACGACUGGCUCUGUUUUUCAUUAACUGCAGCAGUAUGACGCUGGCAAAUUCACCUUCAUACUCACCUAAUUCACGAGACUUCUGACUUGCUACAUACGUCUAUCGAUUUUCAUGCUUUUUACUUGUGUACCGAUUAACUUCCGGCAAAUUAAGUGGAUGGUAGUGAAUAAAUUUUGUUAAUGUUGUUACUAGUGUUUU